AUUUAGAUCAAGGUUUAUGCUUUAAAAUUCGAUUUGCAAAUGAAAGCUCUGAGGGCACUGAGAACACUGACCCCAAUCGCCAACCCCCAAAACCCCCUGAACAUUUCUGCUUUUUUCCACCGUUUCUACUCAGCCCAGCCUCAGCAUGACGAUGACCCCGCGCCGCCAAACCCUGACGAGUACGCCACUGCACAGGACGCUGUGUUCGACAGUUCCCAUUUUGCUGAUUUGAAUCUCAAUCCGGACGGCGGAGAUGAUGGCGAGAAGCAGAUGUGGGACGAGAAGUACAGGGACAGAGUGAAAAGCAAAGUGUUUGGGGAAGAUGUUUCACAUUCGAGAAUUUUGGAGAGAGAAGAGGUGAAGAAAAGGAAGGCUGGAAACCUCGCCAGGGCCUUGUUAGAAGCGGCUUUAGAUGAAGAUGAUAAUGAGGAUGCGGAGGAGAGGGACGUGACGGAGGAGGAUCAAAAGUCUUUGUCUGUUGGUAUUAUUGGGGCUCCUAACGCCGGAAAAUCGGCCCUCACUAAUUGCAUGGUUGGGACUAAAGUUUCAGCUGUUUCACGGAAGGUCAAUACCACCACGCACGAAGUGUUAGGAGUUUUCACUAAAGGAGACACACAAAUUCAUGAUAAGAUUAUAGGACGAGUAAAAGAUGCACCAUACAUGAUGCUGGGAUUUAGAGGUGAUCUGGGCAGGAGUAUUCUCCUGUUGUGGGCCUUUGGUGUGAAGUUCAAUAUGUUCAUGCAGUGCUUCUUCGAUACGCCUGGGCUUAUGUUAAAGAAAAGUGGAUUUCCUUAUAACGAUAUCAAAGUUCGCAAUGAAAGUGCAUGGAGUUCCAUUAACUUGUAUGAUGUUUUAAUCGUCAUAUUUGAUAUUCACAGACAUAUUACAAGACCUGAUUCACGAGUGGUGAGAUUGAUUGAAAGAAUGGGUUCAAUUAGCAACACAAGCCAGAAGCGUGUGUUAUGCAUGAAUAAAGUUGACAUGGUCGCAAAGAAGAAUGAUCUGCUCAAGGUUGUGGAAGAAUUCAAAGACCUUCCUGGCUAUGAUAGGUUCUUCAUGAUCUCAGGACUGAAGGGUGCUGGGAUCAGAGACCUUACUCAGUAUUUAAUUGAGCAGGCAGUAAAAAGACCAUGGGAUGAAGAUCCAUUUGCCAUGAGCGAAGAAGUUAUGAAGAACAUAUCCUUAGAAGUUGUGAGAGAAAAAUUGUUGGACUAUGUGCAUCAGGAAAUACCAUAUGGCAUCGAACAUCGCUUGAUGGGUUGGAAAGAGUUAAGAGAUGGCUCACUCCGAAUUGAACAACACUUCAUCACUCCCAAAGUCAGCCAACGAAAAAUUCUAGUCGGGAAAAAGGGCUCCAAAAUAGGGAGGAUAGGUAUCGAAGCUAAUGAGGAGCUUCGGUCCAUAUUCAAGAGGGAUGUUCAUCUAAUCCUCAUGAAGGGGUCUCUCAUACCAUACGCAGUAGAAGAUUUGGCUUCUCAGAGAUUCAAAGAGCUGAAACUGUCUGUUGCUGGAUAG